AUGUCAGACCUAAAGAAUGAAGCUGCUGCCGUAGCCCAGCCUCUUGACAGCGAGUUACAACAGGAUGGCAUAGUUUCAGAAAAGAAAGGGACCGCUGGCGACCAAAAGGACAUGUAUCGUAUGGGAAAGCAGCAGGAGCUGCGACGAAACUUUCGUUUUGUGUCGAUCUUUGGAUACAGCAUGGUUUUGAUGGCGACGUGGGAAACCAUACUGACAACUCUGAUCAUCCCAUUAACGAAUGGUGGCACCGGUGGCGCUAUCGUCAUGUUCCUCGUCACAGCGGUGGGCAUGGGCUUUGUCAUCGUCUCGAUGGCUGAGAUGGCUUCAAUGGCUCCUACUUCCGGAGGACAGUAUCAUUGGGUGUCUGAGUUUGCGCCGAAGAAACACCAGAAGUUCUUAAGUUAUCUUGUCGGCUGGUUGUGCGUGCUAGGUUGGCAGACCGGAAUUGCAUCUAUCGCCUUCCUUGCUGGCGGUCAGGUCCAAGGACUUGUCAUCCUCAACAACCCAAACUACGUCCCCGAACGAUGGCACGGUACCCUCCUGGUUAUUGCCGUAGCAACGUUCUCGAUCCUGUUUAACACGCUGUUAGCUCGUAAGCUACCACUAGUCGAAGGCAUUGUCCUAGUCCUGCACAUCUUUGGAUUUUUUGCCAUCUUCAUCACAAUGUGGGUUCUGGGGCCGCGUAGUCCAUCCAAACAGGUUUUCGGUGGAUUUCAAGAUAACGCAGGAUGGGGCAGCAUAGGUCUGUCUGUGCUGGUGGGACAGCUCUCGCCUAUCUUCUCUCUCUUAGGUGCGGAUGCUGCGACCCAUAUGUCUGAAGAACUAAAGGACGCCUCACACACACUUCCCCGCGCCAUGAUCUGGACAGCGGUAGUUAACAGCAGCUUGGGUUUCCUCAUGCUGGUAACCUUCUGUUUCUGCCUCGGCGACGUGGAAAGCGCCAUCCUAUCGCCGACAGGGCAGCCCCACAUUCAGAUCAUGUACAACGCCACGCAGUCCAUCCCAGGGGCUACAGCUCUAGCAUCAAUUACGACUAUCAUGGCAGUGUUUGGAUGUGUCAACAAUGUGGCAACAUGCUCGCGCCAGCUCUUCGCCUUUGCUCGCGACCACGGCGUCCCUUUCAGUGCCUUUCUGUCCCGAGUUCGACCAGGCUGGGACAUCCCUCUCAACAGCGUUCUUGUGUCUUUUAGUAUUGCCGUUGGACUCUCUCUUAUCAACAUCGGCAGCACCGUAGCGUUCAACUCCGUUGCGUCGCUAGGCACAUGUGCUCUCCUCUCGUCCUACAUCGUCAGCAUCUCAUGCAUGUUUAUCAACAGGUGGAACAAAGAACCUCUCCUUCCCUGCAAGUUCUCGCUCGGUCGCGCUGGUAUCUGGGUCAAUGGUGUGUCCGUCAUCUACUUAUGUGUAGCGUUGGUAUUCGCCUUCUUCCCUACAUUUCCGCACCCAACACCUGACCUAAUGAACUGGAAUAUUCUGAUAUACGGCGUUGUUGUGGUUUUUUCGCUGGUCUACUUCUUUCUCAAGGGGCGCAAGGUGUAUGUUGGGCCUGUAGAGUAUCUUAACAAAGAUCUUUGA